AUGGGCGUUUGGCCUCGCCGGCAGCAGCAGCUGCUGCCGGUGCUGCAGCGGUGGCUCCUGCUGCUGCUGCUGCUGCUGCUGCUGUGGGAAGCCUCUAGCUUGCGCCUCAGCAGCAGCAGUUCCAGGAGGGCUGGAGGAGAGCCCCAUGCGGCUUUCUUAGUCUCCAGGGCCCCCCUGGGGACCCCCGUUGGGGGUCCCCCGGGGGCCCCCUUGGGGGGCCCCCCGAGGACUCAACAAGGGGGCCCCCUAGAGGUGCCCAUGUGGGGCCUCUCUAAGGACAUUGGAAGCUUAUUGUCUGUACACCCGAAGAGGCAUUUCUCAGGAGCUACUAGGAGGCCCAACGGCUUUUCUUGCCGCAGCGGGGAGUCUGCAGCUGCUGCUGCACCGGGUGCUGCUGCUGCUGCACCGGCUGCUGCUGCUGCUGCACCGGGUGCUGCUGCUGCUGCGCCGGCUGCUGCUGCUGCUGCGCCGGCUGCUGCUGCUGCUGCUGCCGGCCAACCUGCAGGCGGUGCCGCUGCAGGAGCUGGUGAAGCACCGCCUGCAGCAGCAUCAGGUACAGCAGCAAGCGGCUCGGCAGCAGCAGGCUCAGCAGCAGGAGAUCCAGCGGCAGCAGCAGCAGCAAUAGCAGAAACUGAAGAAUUAGAGGGAGAGUGGAGCAGCAGGCUGCUGCAAAACGAGGGACCCAAGACUUGGUCUCCGUCUUCGCUGUCUCCCUUUCAGGUGCCGCGCGAUUUGCUGCUGCAGCUGCGGCCUGCUGCUGCUGGUGCUGCUGCUGCUUCUGCUGCUGCAAUCACGCCGUGGACUGCAGCAGCAGCCUCGCGCUUCUUGGAUGCAGCAACAGACACCUUUGUCCCCAAAGCAGCAGCAGCAGAAGCAGCAGCAGCAGCGCGGGAGGCGGCUUGGAGAGAGGCGCAGCAUGGGGGCACAGACCAGCAAGUUGCAGCAGCAGCAGCCAACGCUGUUGCUGCUGCUGAGGCUGCUGCUGCAGCAGCAGCUGCUGCUGCUGCUGCCUCCAAGGGGCCUCAGAAGGCAAGGAGCGACGACUUGUGGGGCUCCAUGAGCCGCCUAAUUCGCCGUCUUGUUGCAGAAGAGGAAAAUGAAAAUGAAAGUGAAAAUGGAAAUGAAAGUAAAAAUGAAAAAGAAAUAAAUGCAGAUGAAGAUUCAGAGACAUAUUCGGACAUUAGUGUAGAGCCAAGAUUCAUUCCCGACGACUGGACAGAUGCCCCCAGGCCGUUUCUUGCUUUCUGGCUGAAGACUUUGGGCGUGGCUGUGCGCUCUUUGGAGGGCCGCGCAGCAGCAGCAGCAACUUGGCUGCGGCAGUGCCACCAGCAGCAGCAGCACAGGCAGUACAAAACGGACUGGCGACUGCAGCAGGAAGCCAAGGAAGCAGCAAGCAUGCAGCAGCAAACAGACACGGGAGAACUAACAAACACAGACGCAGAGGCAGAAGCAGUUCCUCCUCCAUUUCCCUUGCCUGGAAGUCUAACCAACAUAAACCACAGGUUUUAUAAUGUUUUUAAACUUAUGAAUGCAGCAGGAUGGGAUACAUGUUUGGAACUGCCCACUCCCCACUCUCGGCUAGAGAGCUGGCGCUUAGGCUCUGAGCUCCGUCAUCUGUACUUCACUCGCUUUGACUGUCGGGUGUCUGUACACCGCGAGUUGCUGCCGCAGCACCUGGAGGAGUACGUGCUGCCGCAUGCAGACGCAGUGUUGGUGCUGCGGGAUGGGAUUGUCGAUCCCAGCCUCAGCAGGGGCGUGGGGGUCUUGGCUAGCCAGCUAGCUGACCAAGAAGAGGUGGGGGGAGUCGCAGCUAGCCUGCUGGAAGGCAUGGAGCGAAAAAACCCUCACGAGAAGCAGCAGCAGCACAGCGCGCACAAAGAGAGCGCCUGCGGCUGCCCAGAGACCGCAACAGCAGCAGAAGCGGCAGAAGCCGCAGCAGCAGCUGCUGCUGCUGCUGCGGGAGAGCCAGAGGACGGGGAGGAUGGGGAAGGGGAGCCGCUGCCUGCAGUUUGCUGCAGCUUUUUCGAUCUGCAAGAUGCAGCAGUGAGGGCAGAGAUCGAGCAGCAGCUGAGGUUUAUUCCUGAAUAUACGAAUUACUGGCGGAAGAACACUCAGCCUUUCCACAGAGGCCAGGUGGGGAAGACAAGCCGCAAGUACGACAAUGACUUUGCCAUUUAUGACUAUCGCAAGCUGGACUUUGGAAUGGCAAAGAUGUCUGCACUGAAUCUUGCGGGGAUGCAUGACGCAGCAGCGCUGAUUGUUACUGACUGGGAGGAAGAGCCUGCCGACGCUGCUGCUGCUGCUGCUGCUGCUGCUGGCGAUGACAGUAGUGAUGAGCACAAAGAGGCUUCCCAUAGGGCAGCAACAGCAGCAGCACCAGAGGGAGCAACAGGGGAUGGUAAAGAUGAAGGAGAUGCAGCGACAGUUAAAGAUACAGGAAACGCAGAUGGGCGCUCCAAGAGGAAGCCCGUUGUUUUACAAGUCAUUCACGUAACAACCUCAGAUGAGAUAGAUCGCAUUGGCGAAGGGGGAAGCAGCAGCAGCAGCAGUAGCAGCAGCAGCGAUAAUGCAAGAAUUGCGACUCCGCUGAUAAACCCUCGUUUUGUAAUCCACGUAGGCCGCAACGCAAAGUGCCAAAUACACCAAACUCAAGUCAGCCUCUCUUCUUUGUUGUCUCCGGCGGAGCAGCAGGAACUGAAGCAGCUCAAGCAGCACAAACGCGAGCAGCAGCAGCAGCAGAAGCUGACACAAAAGGGGUUCAGGGGGCCUUGCGUGAACUCAGCCACAAGAGUAGUCCUGGAAGAAGGGGCAGAGUUGCAUCAUGUUUAUUCCCAGGAACUUGAUGAAGACAGCGCACACUUUGAGAACCUCUCUGUCUGCUGCCAGCCUCGAUCGAAGUACAAGCUCACUUUUGUCGACGUAGGAGCAGCCAUCAGCCGCUUCGCUUUGCAGGUGGAGGGCUCUGAGGGUUCGUCACACGUAUCUCGGGGUAUUUCGUUGCUAAACAAAGACCAAGACCAUUCCAAAUUUGAAAUGCUGCAUCACAUUGCCCCGGACGCAGAGACAGAUCAGGUCCACAAGAGCCUGGUGGCAGGAAAAGCUCGGGCUAUAUGGCGAGGGCGCAUAAGGAUAGAACGGCAGGGAACGGGAGCGAGUGCCUCGUCCUUAAAUCGUGUUAUUUUGCUCGAGGACGGCGCGAGAUGUGUCGCAGUGCCCACUCUCGAAAUUGUUCCAGAGGACAUCAAAAAGGCCACGCACGGAGCUGCCAUACGGGACUUCGACACGGAGCCGCUCUUCUAUAUGAUGAGCCGCGGACUUCCUAUAGAUAAGGCCAAAAGGCUUUUGAUGCUGGCGUUUGUAGAUGAUGUCGUAAGUCCUGUUAAUGACGAGAAAUUGGCCGCAAGAGUUCGGCAAAAAGUUGAGGGGCUUUUGCCUAAGUCGAGCUCUGGCCAGAUACAUAGACACCACAUGUUUAGGGGUGGCGAUGGCGGGGGUUGA